UGGAAGAAUUAUUAUUAAUCUAUAUAUAAUUCAUUACAUUGAAAUUGAAAUGGAUAAUAUAUACAUUAUCUGAAGCAGUCUGAAGCACGUGGAAUAUUAAACAUGUCUCUCCAAUCAGUUUAUAUAGUAAAAUACAACUGUUAUAUUGUACUAACACCGCAUAAUUGAAAAAAGUUAAGAAAAUUAAAAAAUGAUUAUAUUCCUGUAAAACUAAGUUUCCUAAAUCGUACUUUGAAACAUUAUGUUGUAUGAAUUAUUGAUAAAUAUAGGAGGUGUUGAGGUUAUAACAAGUGAUAAAAGUUAAUGUUCUGUAUAAAGUAUUAUAAUGAAAAAUAUUUAAACAUUAUUUUUGCUAGCAUCAGUGUUCUUGAUACCUUUAUGAUCUUCUAAGGAUUUUCAAUAAAAGUGUUAAUAGGUAUAUGAUAUGAGGACUACAGAUUUAUAGAGGUUAUUUUGUUAAAAGUUAAGGUGUUAAAAUAAUGGCCAAGGUAUUGACUUUUUGUCGAACUAUUAGGAAUAACUGGAAGAAAUCUCUUGUAGGAGCUGCACUUUUAACAUAUGGAGUUUCAUAUAGUAAAGAUGUAUAUGACACAAAACAAUUAAUGAGAGAAUAUUGUAAGAGUAUAUCACAAUAUGGUGAUAACUCACUUCCAACAAAUUUAAAGCCUCGACAUGUGACUGUUAUUUUGAAUCCAGUUGCUAAAAAAGGGAAAGCUAAAAAAUUGUUUAAAGAUUAUUGUGAGCCUCUUUUACACUUAGCUGGAAUAGCUGUGACCAUAUUACAAACUGAAUCAGAAAAUGCAGCUAGAAAGCUUAUUAUGGAUUUAGAUACACCUACAGAUGCCAUCAUUGUGGCAGGAGGAGAUGGUACUUUGUCUGAUGUUUUGACAGGAUUAGUCAGAAAAUAUAAUGCUAAUCUUAAUUCAGUUAAACAAUGUCCUAUUGGUAUUCUGCCAUUAGGACAAACAAGCAAAAUUGCAAAAUCCUUAUAUCAUGAAUAUGAUCAUUUGUCUGACGUGAAACAGAUAUUAGAAGCAACAAUAGCAAUUAUAAGUGAGAAAUAUAAAAUGAUGGAUAUAAUUGAAAUUGAACCUAUUGAACAUAAUCCUGAAGAACCAGUAAAACCAAUCUAUGCUAUGGGAGCAAUCGAAUGGGGUGCUUGGCAAGAUGCACAUGCUUUAAUUAAAAAGUAUUGGUAUUGGGGACCUUUAAAAAAAUAUGUAACUUACAUAUUGAAUGGUUAUAAAAUGAAUUUAAAUCAGUACUGCAAUGCAAUGAUAAAAUAUACACCCCCAUGUGAAGGUUGCUCUCGCUGUAGUCAAAAGAACUUUUUAAAUGUACCUAGUAACAUGAAUAAAAGAUGGUGGCAUGUUUUUGUUCCAAGAAAUCCUAUCACAGAAGAUACUAUUGACUAUAGUAAGGUAAUAAAUGAAAAUUGUGGCAUUUUUCAUGAACUAUCUGUUUCAACAAGCGAAUUGCAUAUAGAAGCAUCUAAUAUAAAUAAGCUACAGGUUGCAUCACCAUCAUCUUUAAAAAUAGAAAUAGGUCCAAAGAAUAUUAAUUAUCUUUCAUUUAUGACCCAAGGAUGGAAACAAGAAAACAGUAAUAAAUUAGAAUGCGAACAAAUUGUAGAGGCAAAGAACAUUGAACUAAUUCCACAAAGGGUGGACAAAGAAUGUACAUUACACAUUGAUAAUGAUGAAUAUGAACUCAAACCAAUUAACAUUAACUUAAUUUCUCGAGCGGUGAAAGUAUUUUAUUCUGAAUUAGAUAGUUAAUAGUAAAUAUAUAUAAUACAAAUAAAAUUAAAAAAUUAGUUACUGCA